AUGUUAUCUGAUCAAUUAAGAACAAAGCAAGGGCCUUUGGCUCGUGUAUGGUUGGCCUCUCAUUGGGAGAGAAAGAUCUCCAAAUCCCAAUUCUUGAAUACCAACCUCGAGAAGACCAUUGACGCUAUCACUGCAAACCAGCAAGAGGAGCCUCUGGCUCUCCGUGUAUCUGGUCAGCUGUUGCUUGGUGUUGUUCGCAUCUAUUCUAGAAAGACCAAGUAUCUCUUGGAAGACUGUAACGAGGCACUUGUCAAGAUCAAAUUGGCUUUCAAGAAGGGCGACAUCAACAUGCCUGACAUUAGCCAUACCAUCAGCAACGCAAAUACCAUCACCAUGCAAGACAAAUUGACUGAAUUCGACAUUUUACUCCCUGAUCUCCCAUUCAAUGCAAAUGGCCCUGCCGAACAAGGCCGCGACCCUAUCCUAGAUAGCCUUGGAGACAUGUCAUUCUCUCAGGACAUUACCUUGAGUGGUCAAGCUGAUUUCAGUUUCGGUAACUGGGAAAGUGGUCGUGCUGGUGGUGUAGAAGCUGGUCGUCGUGAUAACGAAGCUGGCCUCGCUGACAAUGGCUUCGACAUGGAUGCUAUUGCUGAUCCUCUCAAAGACAUGAACCUGAAUGAUAACAACAACAAUGGCAUUGCAAACGACGCUGUUGAUUUUGAUUUCGACUUGAACGAUAAUAUCGAUUACGGCCAAGACUAUGGAGAUAACAUGAACGAAUUUGAUUUCCCUAUCGACAACGACAAUGCUGAUGCUUCUCUCGAUACGUUGAUGCAAGUCGGCAUUGUCGAGGAUGACAGUAUGUUUGAUGUGGAUGCUAUUGGAUCCACCACCACAGAACCGGUUCGUAGACGCAAGCGUUUAGUCGUUGACAAGGUGACAGAAAUACCUUCUGCCGAUCUUAAGAGGUACGCUGCUGAUGUCAGUUCCAUCAUUCAAAAGGAGAAACCUGUUGGAAGUGCAUCCAAGGCCAAGCCUGCUAUCAAUUUGACACAGCCAUCUGGCGACGCAGUUGGUUCUGAACUGGAGGCCUUGUUUGCUGGUUUGAGCCGUAAACGUCGUGCAUCUGGUGCUAUCGCUAAUGCCAACAAGGAGGCUCGUGUCGAUGAUGCCUUUGGUGCUCCUACACCUGGUGGACCCGGCUUGACCUCAGCAUUCCACUUUGACGAUGAUAACAUUGACUAUGGACAAGAUUACAAUGAAGAUAAUGUCGACUUUAAUCGAGAUGCUUUUAACCGUUUCAACAAUGACAACAUGGAUAACGAUGAAGCCUUAAUGACACAGAAUACUCAAAGCUUCAGCAAUAGCGCUCGUGGGACUCUUGAGAAGCUCGAAAAGGAAUUUCCCAGCGUAGUCAAGUUCAACGAUUUAGCACCCGGCUUCAGCACAAAAGCAGAAGCUGCCCGUAUGUUUUAUGAUGUAUUGUUGUUGUCUACCAAGGAUAUGAUCAAGGUGAAGCAAGAUCGUGCCUAUGGCGAAAUUCAAAUCAGUGCACCAACUGCUGUUGCUUAA